AUGCGCCCUAAAGGCGCUUUAAUCUCGUUCACCAUGAAGCUUCGGUCACUUUUCGUCUUAGCGUUCCUAGCCGCGAUCGUGGUCGCAUCUCCAUCCCUCGCCACGCACAAGCGGCGCGAGCUCCAGGAAGGCCUCCUUUUGGCCAAGAAGAGUCAGAGCUUAUACCGUAACAAGGAGGUGAAAGGCUCUGGAGGCGGGGACGGCGCAGGUGGCGCCGCGAGAGGCGCCGCAGAUGGCGCUGCUCCCUCGCUGACGAUCUUCUGCGCCCCGAAGCCGUACGAGUCGGUGCUGAGCCCUAAGGAUCGCGCAGUUGACAACCAGCGCCGCGCGCUGCUGUCGUGGCUGCGAUUGACUCCGGCUCCUAAAAUUGUCCUUCUCGGGAACGACACGACGUUUCACGCGCUCGCGCGGGAGUUCCCGACGCGCAUUUCCGUGGACGACGCGAUCGACACCAAUUUCUACGGCGUGCCGCAGUUUCACAGCAUCGUGGCGCGCGCACAGGCCGCCGAUACGGACCUCUCCAUGAUCAUCAACGGCGAUAUUAUUCUCCUCAAUGACGUCAUGGUUGCCAUUGAGAAGAUUCACCGCAGCUUCCCGCACUGGGUGAUGACGUCAGCGCGGUGGGACGUGAAGGAGGAUUUUCCGUACUCGUUCGAACCUUCCAUGUGGGCUUCGUCUGGCGGCGGCGGCGGACGCAGCAGCGCCGCGAUCGAGAAGGAGAUUAAGAAGCUCGUUCGGGAAACCGGGUCGUUGCAUACCUAUGGUGGAGUUGACUUUUGGGCUUGGAACAACUCUCCGCUUCCGCUUUUCACGGGAAUUAUGCCUCCUUUCAUGUUCGGACGCGGCAAAUACGACAACUGGCUGACGCACGAGAUGGUCGCGUCGGGCGUCCGGCAAGUCGUCGACGCGAGCGACGCGGUGACGGCAAUCCACGUGGCCCAUUCCUAUUCGCACGUGGUGGAGGGCGACGCGACUAAGGAAGGGAAGGGUCUUCUAGGAAAGACGAUUGCGCCCCACCACGCACGAGUUCUCCAACCCAACUUCCCCCUUUCCCUUCCCCCUCUUUCCCCGCUCCCACUUUCCCCUCUCCCUCUCACCCUCUGUCCCCCUCUCCCCUCCGCCACCCCCCCCGCAGUCUUCAACAUGUGUCUUCAGAAGCGCCUGCGUCCCGCCACGUGCACGUGCGAGUUUUCCAACUUCGUCGAAAACAGCCAAUCGGAUCCCAAGCUCGACGCGACGGGCCACAAGUGGCAGUGCGGAACCGUGUCCGUCGAUAAGCAGGAGGAUUACUCAAUCGCAGCCGUUCCUUCGCCAAAAACCUCCAUCGGUCUGCCGCACACAAUGGAGCAGCUGCUGCCGCGCGUCGCGAGGGAGGAGAACGGGCUCAAGGUGGUAACCCUAGUCGCGGUUACGUUCGGCUACGCGGAGAUGCUGAUGAGCUUCGUGUGCCGCCUGAGGGGACUCGGCCUGGCGGAUAAUCUCGUGGUCGCAGCGCUCGAUGAGGACCUCUAUCGCUUCGCGUUCACGCAAGGGCUGGCGGUGUACUACGAGCAGGGAGCUGGUCUUUGCAGCCAGUUCUUUGCCAAAUCGUCAAUCUCAAAUUGCCUCAAUUCAACACUUCCUCCUUUCCCCCGCUUCCUUCCCUUCCUCUCCCUGCUCCAGGUUAGCGUGGGUCUCAAGGGCAUCGACUCUAAGAACUGCGCCUUUGGCAGCCAGUGCUUCCGCCAAUUCACCAAGCUCAAAUCCCGCGCCGUGCUGCGAGUGCUCAAGGCAGGCUACUCGGUCCUCUGGACCGACGUUGACAUCGUCUGGUUCUCCGACCCUCUCCCGGACCUCAUGUCGUACGGGCCUGGCACCUUCCCGAUCCAGAGCAACGAGCCGAACGCCAGCCUUCCUGGGACUGGAAUCCGCAGGAUCAACUCCGGGUUUUAUUUCGCGAGGUCAGAUGCGCGGACAAUCGAAGGGUUUGAGGCGAUCACAGCACACGCAGCCACAACUAAGCUAUCCGAGCAGCCGAGCUUCUAUGAUAUCCUCUGCGGGGUGAAAGGAGAGAAUGUGGUUCCCGGAAAGGAGGAAUGUGUGUGGAAGAACGGUCUUCGGACGAUUUUCCUCGACAGGGCGAUUUACCCUAACGGCGCGGUGCACGGGUUUUGGGAAGCGGCAGAUGUGAUGGGGGCGUGCCGGAGAAAGGGGAGUAAGAUUCUGCACAACAACUGGAUCGCUGGAAAGGAUGCUAAGAAAGAGAGGUUUGUGGUGAACUCGUUUUGGCACUACGAUGGGUUGAGACGGAUGUGCACGUGGGAUUGGCACAGCAAGCUUCCGGACGUGAUUGUACCUGAGGUGAAGGUGAUUAAGGCGACUACAUAG